CGAGUGUGUAUUUUUAAUUUAGUCGUAUAAUGCAAUAUGAAUUCCUACGACGAGCGGAUGUAAACGACGCUCUAAAUAAUAAUUUCUCGUUAUUAUUCAAUAAUGCAAAGGUAUUUUGAGUUACAGUUGAAAUAUUAGUGCAGUCAAUACUUGUAUCAAAAGUUUAUACUAAUCGUUCUGUCAUUUUUCAAUCGAAAAUUAUUGAUGCCAUGAACGACUUCCGCGAAGCCCCAUUAAAUUAAAUUGCCUUUGCGUGUGGUGUUCUAGGUUUAUUAAGGGUCAUGCCCAUGGCUAAGGCCAAAGUGUGGAGUGUGUCGUAUUACUAUAACUAUGGAGACGGAGUCCGUGAGAUCUGAGUUGAGUGGCCGGUCGCGAAGAAGUUCAAGACAUCGACAGCACACGCAUAGGAGCACCCGAAGUACGAAAUCUCAAAGAAAAGACUGUGGAGAUAUGGCGCCAUUUCAAACCAGUGUGAAUAUAAACCCCGACAUGGGAAGAGACGGACAAGAGGUCAUAGAAGUCCAAAUAUUGCCGCAAGAUGAGAACUGGGGAGAAAACACGACUGCAGUAACUGGCAACACAUCCGAAGGCUCACAGUCCAUGGAGGAUGUUAGCAACUGGCCAAUGGAAUCUGAUUCGGGUUUAGGUUUUGUCUGUUCACGAUACUUCGGAACAACGUUGACUUUAGGACUGUCAUUUGUGUCCUUUGUCAGUCCCUUAGCCAUGGUAGUGUUGCCUAAAAUAGGCUUCUUUCCCGGACUGUCUGAUAACAUUGCGAUACAGCCAAGUCAACGGAUCCAACUCCUUGCUUGCACCGCUGAAUGUAAAGGAAUAUUACUGUCUCUAGCAUUCAAACUAGUAUUACUUGCAAUAGGAGUUUGGGCUGUAUUCCUGAGGCCUCGAAAUGCGGUUUAUCCACGGAUUUUCGUUUUCCGUGCGAUGACAUUAGUGAUAUUAGCUGUUUGUACAUUUUCGUACUGGCUUUUUUAUAUUGUGCAGAUUACAGAAGCCUCAAAAGCCUUGGCGGUGGGCGAAGAGGCUAUAGACUACAACUCUCUAGUGUCUUACGUAUCGAGCUUUGCGGACACGCUCUUGUUUUUACAUUACAUAGCAGUAAUUUUGAUGGAGAUUCGGCACCUUGAGCCUGUGUAUUACAUAAAGAUUGUCCGGAGUCCGGAUGGAGAAAGUAGGUCAUACUCAAUCGGGCAGCUUAGUAUACAAAGAGCUGCUGUGUGGGUGUUACAGAAGUAUUACACGGAGUUUCCGAUUUAUAAUCCGUACUUGGAGAAGAUACCAAUAUCGAAGUCCCAAAGGAAAGGGCAGUCAAGUAUCAAGUUCUAUGAUGUGGACGGGUCUACCAACGCCCCUUCAGGACAACCCAGGUCCGCGCCGGGCUCGUGCACGGGCAGCGCGCGGCGCCGCGACUCGGGCUCGGCGCACAACGAGCGCUACCACGAGGAGGCGGAGCGCGAGCGGCGCGUGCGCAAGCGGCGCGCGCGCCUGCUGGCCGCCGCCGACGGCGCCUUCGCGCACGUGCGCCGCGUGCGCGUCUCCAGCGCCGGCGGAGCCCUAGGUCCCCGCGAGGCUGCGGCGGCGGUGUUCCCGUCUCUGGCCCGCGCCCUGCAGAAAUACCUCCGCGCUACCAGGCAGCAGCCGAGACAUUCCGCCGAUUCCGUAUUAGCGCACCUCGCCCGCUGCCUAUCCCAAGACGCAUCCCCCCGCGCCUUCCUCGAGCCCUUCCUCGUGGAGGGCCCCGUGCUGGCCAACGACCAAGAGGCCAGGCCCCUACAACGAUGGUCUCUGAUCUCAGACGAGCCGCUAGCGCGCCCUCUAGCGGACAAUAUCGAGUUCCAACUGAGGCAAGGUGAUAUAUCAUUAGUGUGCACAAUAAAACAACUCCCCAAGUUCAGUUUGACCGAAGAAGUGGUGGAUCCGAAGAGCAACAGGUUCGUUCUCCGGUUGAAUUCCGAAACGUCAGUUUGACAGUACGGCAGAGACGAGCACCGGCUUGUGUGACAUUUAGAUGUUUUUUAGGUUAUGUUUGCAAAUGCGGUGGCCGAUAUAUAAACUCAAAAGAAAUAUAGAAAUAAAAGUUCAGUAAUUUAUGUGCUACAUUUAAAAGAUAUGUGUGUACUUUUUGACACCAGGGCUGUGCCCAUGACGUUCAGUCUUAAAAAAAUAUCGCUACAUACGUUGUCUAUGGAUUGACGUUGAAAUUCAGUUGUCGUUGAUAAUUAAAAUAAUUUUAUUUGAUUUAAAGUUUCUUUUCUAUUGAUCACGAAACGAAGGCGACCUCUAUUUGCAAACAUUAAAUUAAAUUAAAUAAGUAUGGGUACGUAAUUAGUAUUAUUUUAAAACAAAGAAGAUUGUUAUUGGUUUGUUUAUACGUAAUAUUUAGUGAAAAUAUUAUAGACGCAAAAAAGUAAUAUCUUUUGACAUACAUAACUAUCAUUUCACAUAAAAUACUUGUCUGACAACCUUUAUGCUAAAUGAUGGGUAAGCCAUUAAAUGUUAUGUAUUAUGGAUCAUUUUUCUAUAGGAAUAACGCGUCACUAUAAAUCUCUGAGCGAAAAUAUAGUUUUUUUGUCAGGCCCAACAACUUAUAUCCACUAUGAUAUGGAGUUUUCGAAUGCGUUAAUAUUUCAAUGUUUCGUUUAUAUUGGUGAUAUGAGCUCAUUAUAAAAUGUCAUGUUUGAUGUGCAAUGAAAAUUAUUUAGUAAGAAUUUCGUGAAAUAAAUGAAUUGAUAUGAAAAGAUCGAUAGUUAGGUCAAUCGACCCUAACUAGGUAUUGACGAAUCCAGUGCAAGACAAGCUUUAUGUAAGUUUUAAAGUCGAGCGAUAAAUUUAUACUAUUUAUCGCUUUUAAUUUAUAGACUUAAUCGGCAUUUAAUAUUGUAUUAUGACAUUUUUUUAUACAUGUACAUUGUGUGUCAUAUAUAUUUUUAUUAUUUAUUUUUAAGGUAAUAAUAGUAAGGAAUUAUGCACAAAUAUUUUAGAUAAUUUUAAAUUAGAAUACUUACGCCUUGAUUGGCAAUGAGAUUAUGAAUCUGAUAAGCUUAUUUUUUUUUAACAUGAUCAUAAAUAAAUUUAUAUCAUACAGCCAAAAGUAUUGUAAUGCUUAAAUGAUACCAAAUUACUUACAUAUAAAAUAGUUCGUCAAAAUAUUGACGUUAAACUCAAUCAUGCGUACUUAUAUAAUGUCCGUUCAAAUUGGGCAACCAAUAUUUUAAAGAAUCAGGCAUACCAAAUAUGUUAUUAAGAUGAAAAUUAAAUUAUCAUUUAGAUUUAUUUUCUAUACAAUUUCCGAUUUGGUAUAGAAAUUUUAUUAUUUUCUUAGGUUGUGUUUUCGAAUCUGCCCUUGAUUAUUGUGCUUAAUUUUUACUGACCUUAUGAUAUUAGAAAUGCUUUUUUGAAACAUAUCUGUGUAUUAUAAAAGAACAACAGUUCACAAACUUAACUUUUUUACUAAUAUUUUGUAAUAGGAUGAUUGAAAUAUUCCUACAAAUUAUAAGUUAUUUAUCAAAAUUAAUUUUAGCGAAAUCAUUCAAUCACGCUACACGAACUUAAAAAGCCUGAAACUGAAUCUCAGUAUUUGUAAACUUAAUGUAAUCUCAUAUCAGAAACUAGUUAUAAAUUUAUUGUAUAGAAUUUUUUAGGUUAAAAUUCGCGCCUUUAAACGGUCGCGGAAUAUAAUCUAGUAAAUAGAAAAGAAGUCAAAGAUCCAUUUUUAAUCUUGAUCCGAUUGCAUAUGGAUCCCGAAAACAUAAAAUACACUAUACAUACACGUCAGGUACGUGUAUGUAGUGUGGUAAAUAAUUUGAUCGUUUUACUCAAGCAUAAAUGUAAUGGUUGUGCGUAAAUUAUAUAUAAUUAUAAAAAAGCUAUGGUCACUCAAAAAGAACGCAUAAUUUUGCUUCUUGUGACAUAUCACGCGGAAAUCGCCUUUGUCUGAACCACUGAAUGUUAUCAAUAAUACGCUAUUGUAUUCAUAGGAAUAAUAUAUUACUGAUUUCAAUGUUUGUAGUUUAGGACACAUUUUUGUCAAAUAUCAGUUUUGGUAUAAGAAAAUUUGGGAUUUAUAUUUAAAAGGGUAAAAUAGCCAUUAUAUAAAAAAGUAUGUUUAUUCUUCUCCAUAUCGCUGGCAAUAAUUGUCCAAAACUUUAUGACAGUCGGCCUUUUUCAUAAAAAAAAACAGAAUGUGGCUGAACACUCGCUGAUCCCCGUAUAUUCGAGGUUAUAAAUCAAAUAAACACCUUUCUUUAGGCCAGUCACAUCCGCUCCCACUAAUUCCAUACAUUUUAUCGCGAUAAAAGACUGAACUUUAUGAUAAACGUGUUGAUAGACAUUUUAUCAAGUGGACUAAGCGUUUAUCGACAGAUAUGGUUGCUCACAACACGCCUUUGUAAUAUGCUUGUGCCUGUUAGGAAUUUUAAGUAUAUCUAUGGCUAGGCUAAUUUUGAUACCAGUGCGUUACAAUUUAUUAGGCUUAAGGAAAGCUUAUAUAAGGAAGCUCUUAGAAAAAUGGUUAUAAGUUAAAAUGUAAGUGGGACGUUACGGAUAUCAUGCUUUGCUGACGUGACUGACG